UCCGACAAGACAACCACGUCCACCUACCUACCAUGGCAAAAAACAUCAAGUAAAAUAAAAAAAGCCGUAACCAAAUUUCCAAGUAUAUAUACCGCCAAUAACCGAUAAAACCGAAACCUAAUCACCGAAAAUGGCUCUAGUGUUGAGGAAAGCAUUUUUGCCGAAAAACGCAAAAAUAUUAAAAAGUAUCAAAGGGCACCCUUUGACCACGGCACCAAAUAAGAAAGCACCUUUGUUUAUGCCAGCCGCUCGUCGAAUCUACAAAGUCAGGGAACUUACGUCGGUGUCGACAAAGGGAAGAAGACGGAAGCUGCCACAGCUCACUAUCCAGUCCAUUGCUGGACAAAGCACAACCCGACGUCUUCGAUUGAGCAUAUCAUGCCCUCGCGCUGGCACUCUGAUUGAACCAACAACAUCAUUUUCAUUUAGGCAAUACAACUCAGUGGCAAGUCCAAGGUCCCUACAGAGAUUCAGCUCCCUUCAUCAAAUGAAUUCUUCACAUCGAGAAGUUUUCAAGAGGAACUACGGUUCCUGUAACGCUGGAUGCCCAUGCCCAUUUCCAUGUGGCCCUUGUGGCUCUAAAGCCGGCUGCGGUUGUCUUCCGCCACCGUGUAAUACCCCACCGAAAUGCUUGCAGUACAUGACUGGAUAUUACUAUUAUCCUUAUGGAACCUGGUUUUGUGGGCCUUACCACGUCUCUGGAACUUGUGCUCCAGUGGGAGCCAAUGGCCCGUGCCCAUGUCCGUGCCCACCGAAAUGUUGCCCAGCGUGCGUCUGUGCACCGCAGUACACUAAAAACAUGUGCUCAAAUAAAAACGUUUCUGAUACAAAUCAAUUUCCAAUGGAAUUGCCAUGCCAUACUGUGCCCAAAUCAACGCAGGAGGUUCGGACAGGCUUUUCUAAAAUGUUCAAUUUCAGUUCACCCGCUGCCGAUAAAAAGGAUUCACAACAAAAACAGAAACCUACUGGCCUGCCUCCCGUUUUAAGUUCCAUGUUUUGUCCUAAUUCAUUAGAAACUUCCUUCAUGGAUAAAGAACCUAGAAUAAAAAGUACACUAGACUCCAUAUCAAGAACAAGGUUUUAUCAUACGAAAACUAAUAAAAUGCCCGAAGACUUGUCAUAUAAAGCACCUACAACUCAUACACAAAGAAAUUGGAAAUAUUCCUAUUAUCAAACUCGGCACAAUUUGGCAACUCCGACGGGAAAGGCAAGAUUAUAUUUAAAAGAAAGUAGAAAUGUUUCUUCAAUUUCCAAUAAAAAGAAGCAUUCUCCUAGACCUGAUAUAGAUGUUGAAAUAAAAGCUUAUGACGAUUAAAUUGAAACAGACAAAAAAUACUUAUACGAUCGAC